AGGUGCUCGCCGAGGGCGGGCGGUGGGUGCUCUACGGCCUGAUGGGCGGGGCCAGUGUCGACGGCCCCGUGCUGGAGGCCCUGCUCCGCAAGCGCAUCCGGCUGGAGGCGACCACCCUGCGGUCCCGCAGCCUGGCCUACCGGGUGGACAUCACGCAGCGGUUCGUGAAGUACACGACCGACAACGAUCGCUUCAGCUGGCAGGACUACGGCGUGGUGCUGGACUCGAGCCGCUUCCGGCUCGACGAGGCCGCCCUGGCGCACGAGCGCAUGGAGCCGCUGGGGCCGGCGGGUCCUGACCGUGGCGCCCAGCGAGGCGAAGUUGUAGAGGCGCACACGGACCUGCAGAACUUCGGAGGCGCGCGCGGUGGACGCGGUGGAGCUCGCGGCCGCGCCAGAAGUGAGCCGGGUCCCCCCCCCCCGCGCGCGAGUUCGCGCGCGGGCGGGUGCGCGCAGGCUCGUAGUUUAGGCCGACGGGCGUGUCCGUCGCGGCGACCGGUUCGGUUGUCGCCGCGCUCCUCUCCCUGUGGCUUGCAUCGCCGCGCGGUGAGAAGCAAGAACAGAAGAAA